GGGAGACCUGCUGAUUCCAAACAGUGGCCGGCCAGUCACGUGACUGCAAAGCUGCAGGUAAACAGAUUAGGCCUGACAGGAAGCUGGAGGAAGCCCAGCCGCUCCGCUUGUGACGCAACCCUGUUGGCAGGCGCGACCAAAGCACGCCCCCUGGAGACCAGUCGGAUCACCGUGGAGGAGACCGAGCAGCGGCGGGGAGGGGGCGCUGAAGAUUUGUGUCUGGAGGGUCAAGCGGGUGGACUUGGGAGGAAAGCGGAGAGACGGAAACGGAAGCCGCCUGGCGGUGUUUUGUGUAGUUGAGAUGCUGGGCCACCAGAGGACGGCAGAGGUGCGAUCAGGGUUGCUGUCGCUGACAGAAACACGAGCGUCCGCCGGAUGUGAUCGAUGAACGACUGGUGGAACCGGACGUGUCAGAACUGAUUUCAACUGGCAGGUUGUGAGAAGGAAACACUUCUGUUUCAUUCAAGAGUCUUUCUGUGCCUAAGGCUGGGGGGAGUUUAUCCUGCGCUCCGGUGGGAUUCUUCUGCCUUUGUUGAGGAGAACUAUCCUGGAGGUCUCCCAGAGAACAGGCGGAGCACCAAGCAACUGUGGCCCCCUCUCUGCUGAUGAAUGCAAGGAAGCGGAGAGGAAACCCAGCUCCACUUGCUGCGGCGGGACACACACACACACACACGGGUUUGGCUGAUUCGAGUGUGGGUGUGUGUGUUUGUGCCCUGCCUGAAGGUCAGAUGAGCACGGCAUUAGUCAGAGAGUGAUGGUGAGGACCAUAAGAGGAGAAGCUGGAGAGGAGGUCCGGCUGGAGGGAGCAGAUGCAGAUGGGAAGCCCUGUUCCACCAAUGAAAUCACAGGAAGACUGAGGGUUUCAGACGCGCUCUGAGACCUUCCAAAGCACUCCACGUCGUCCACACACACACACACGCACACACGCACGCUUGUUGUCCGACGUUGUGAGGAAAUACAAGCACGUGCACCCCGGCCACGCGUGCGCUCACAAACGGAGAAAGAGCACCGCCUGUGCGCUCCAGCACUGACGCCCUCUCUCACUCACACACUCGGACAAGUCCUGCUCAUCAGCACUGCGGCAGCUGGAAAGAGUGUGCUGUGUAAUCGAUGGCAGACUCUGGAACACUUUGUGAGUUCAGUCCUUAUUUGGGGCUUCAGUUCUGCUCCGGAGCCGGAGACCUCCACGCAUGAGUGGCCGUGACUCCGGCUGGAGCGGAGACUCACUCCGGAUCAGAGACACGCUGGAAGAGUCGGUGAAGAGUUUCGGGUGGCGCAGGAGAAAGGAGGAUGUGAAAGUGAAGAAAGAUUGAUGAGACGCGGAGAGGUCUGGCCAAUGAGGGAGGAGAGGCGCGGAAUCCAGGAGGGUCGGACGUGAACAGAGAGCAGGAUCAGCUUCACACUCCUGAGGUGAAAGACCAGUCGGACAGCUUGUGCCUCAACACGCACUCGCAGGUACCAACCCACUCCAGAUGAGUGUGAGUCAGCAGGCACUUCAGGUUCAGCUGUGGUGAGCGUCGGAGAGCGGAGGGAUGAAGGCUCUGCAGAAGAACCCGGGGCGCACGGACCAGAUGCUGGGGGCCAUGGCCGACGUCCUGACCUCUGUGGCCUUCCCCGGCACACCCUGGGUGUCACACUGUGAAGCUGAGCUCCACCCAAGCAGAGAAGAGGAGGAGGGGCCUGCAGCGGGCCGGCUGGACCUGGAGGGGCCCGACACGGAGAGUCCGGAGCAGGGGGAGAGAACAGACUCGUACUCCGCCGCAGGCAGCGAGGGCAGCAUCUCCACCUCAGUGGUCUCCCUGCCUCCGCUGGCGUCCAGCAGCUCCGCCCCGAGCUCGCCGGGCUCCAAACGCUCCGUGAGCACCCUGAAGAAGUGGCUGACCAACCCCGUGCGCAAGCUGAGCGCCGGCUCCUCCGCCGCCAAAGGGGAACGCCAGAUCCGCAAGCUUGAGGGAAGAGCUCUCCCCCUCCAGUCCCACGUCCACAGCGAGGAGCCCCUCACUGUCCGGCCUGUGACUCACCGGCAGCUGGAGUGGAAGGACGGACUGGCCAGCCCAGAGGACCUUUCCCCAGCCACGCUGCACUCGCCCAGCUUCAUCACUGACUCUGUGAUCGGCUACCAGGGCGAGCAGGGCUUUCUGCAGGAGGACAGCGGUUCUGUGCAGACGGAUGACACGUCCAGCCAGUGGUCGGCCGCCGCCGCCGCCGACACAGAGGAGGAGAGGAGGAGCGCCUUGGAGAAAAGCAUGUACGUGCUGAAGGAGCUCAUCGAGACCGAGAAGCUGUACGUGGAUGACCUGGGACUCAUCGUGGAGGUAGGCCGGUGGGUUUCGGCUCACUCAGACCUGAGCUGGCCUUCGUGCUCUUUCUCUCUCCAGGGAUACAUGGGCACCAUGAGCUCCAGAGGAAUCCCGGAGGACAUGAAGGGAAAAGACAAAAUUGUUUUUGGGAAUAUUCACCAGAUAUAUGACUGGCACAAAGAAUACUUCCUGGCUGAGCUGGAGAAGAGUUUGGCUGAGCCGGAGCGACUGGCUCAACUCUUCAUUAAACACGAGCGCCGUCUGCACAUGUACGUGGUCUACUGUCAGAACAAGCCCAAGUCCGAACACGUCGUCUCAGAAUACAUAGAAAGCUACUUCGAGGAGCUGAGGCAGCUGCUUGGCCACCGGCUGCAGCUCAGCGACCUGCUCAUCAAGCCGGUGCAGAGGAUCAUGAAGUACCAGCUGCUGCUGAAGGACUUCCUCAAGUACUACACUAAAGCUGGGAUGGACACGGACGAGCUGGAGCGAGCGGCGGAGGUGAUGUGCUUCGUGCCGAAACACUGCGACGACAUGAUGAACGUGGGUCGGCUGCAGGGUUUCGAGGGGAAGAUCACGGCUCAGGGCAAGCUGCUGCAGCAGGACACCUUCACCGUCACCGAGCAGGACCGCGGCUUCCUGUCCCGGGCCAAGGAGCGCCGCAUCUUCCUGUUUGAGCAGCUGGUCAUUUUCAGCGAGCCCAUCGAACGGAAGAAGGGCUUCUCACUUCCAGGCUACAUCUUCAAGAGCAGCAUCAAGGUGAGCUGCCUGGGGUUGGAGCCGACGGUGGAGGGUGACGAGUCUCGCUUCGUGCUGACGUCCAGGAACCCCGACGGGAACGUGGUCCGGUACCAGCUGCAGGCCUCGUCUCCAGAGAUCCGCCGGGCGUGGACCAGUGACGUGGUGCAAAUCCUGGAGUCUCAGCGCAACUUUCUCAACGCGCUGCAGUCUCCCAUCGAGUACCAGCGGCGGGAGAGCAAGUCCAGCAGCCUGGGCCGCAGCGUGAGGCCGGCGCUGUCCGCUGCCCUCCGACCUCACUCCUCGGCUUCCAUCGACCGCCAGCGGCUGCCGUCGCUGCACUCCCACAACACCUCGCUGCCCUCGCUCUACCUGCCCAGCCAGGUCCAGAGCCGUGGCUCCUCUGAGAGCACGCUGGUCCCGUCGUGUCCUGCUGACUCCCGCCAUGCCUCUCUCUCACACGUGCACCCCACUUUUGCUGACCCCCCCGGCCGUCAGUCGCUGUCCAAUGGAGUCCACACGCCCGCCGCGCCGCUCACGCAGAGAGCAGGGGAGGGCUGCCGGCGGGGACAGACUGCUGACUUGGGGAACCAGGCUCUCCCAAUGGGCCCAUCUGCCGGACGGCGACCGAGCAACCUGGCUCAGCUUGUGGAGGACGACCUGUGAGCGCUGGCCUGUGCCAGCACUGGACCGGUCCUCUUGCUGCUGGGAUGCUGGAGACGGAUCCGACAGAACUUUCCAGAGAGAACACGAGAGUGGCGACCUCGAACCCUUUUCUGCUGACUCCUGAUUAUUUGACCUUGUGCUUUGUCUCCCCGCCCCUGACCCAGGGUGGCUCUGUGGGUCGGCAACUGGAGUCACAUGUCAAUGUGGCAGUGGGGAACAGCCAGCUGUCAUACAAGGAGAACCUCAGUCUUGGACGUGAGCGUGCCCCCUGCAGAGUCUGGGACCUCACUCCUCAGGCCGGAGUGGGACCAGGAGGAGCCUGCGGAACUUUGUGCUGAACGUUGGGGUGGAACCAUGAACCUGAGAAGCAGCUGAUGUGCCGUCACACCAGGGAACCACCCAAGCUGUCUCUCUCUCUCUCUCCCUCUCUGUCUCUGUGUCUCUCACACACUCACGAAGCAGCCGCCGUGGUGUGGACGGAUGAUCGAGGAAGAUAAAUCCCACUUCUGACUCUUCAAA